AUGGAACAUUUGGUUAAAAGUUGUCCGGCAGAUGGACCCCCUGUAUUUAGGAUCUCUAUUACCCCGCUCUUUGACCAUCAAGGCGCAUCUUCUUUAUCCAUCCAACAAACCCUGCAUCGACCACGUUGCAUUGCCCAUGAGGCUCUUCUCUUAUUUGAGACGCGCCAUGGAAAUGUUCCUGCUUAUCAAUUCACCGAAGAAGAUGUGUUAGCUUUCGAUCACGACGGCCCCCUCCCUAUUUACUUCACCAAGACCAAAUUGAACUCGCCUGACCAAGAAUGGCGCGUGAAGCGCAAUACUUCUGGCAAAGUCUCAUUGCAUUUUAAAGUCUUUCCUCGAUAUGUAGACAUCGAAACACCGAUGGGCCCACGUGUCGACAUGCGUCGCGACCAGGGAGGCCUCAUCAGUGGUGGGAGAUGGUUCCUCCCCCGACCUGCAGCAAAUCGAGUAUGGUGUAACGUCGUUGAGUGGGAUUUGUCGGAAGCACCAUUGGGCACACGUGCGAUGUGGUCUUAUGGUGAGGGCCCUGGACCCAUUUCCAGGGACGGGUAUCCCAUGACAGUUGCAAAUUCGAUCUUCAUGGUUGGACCAAUCAAGAGUUACCCCGAGCCAGCAUCUAAUAAGCGACCCCUUUCCGGCGCGAACAUCAACUGGUUUGGGGAACUACCUGAUAAUAUUCAUUCUCUCAAUCAAUAUAACUUAGCCGCCUUUUUUCUGAGAGAAAAAGCCUCAUAUAGCAUUUUUAUUAGGCGAGUGGUUAGAGGGUAUGGAGGAAGCGCAUGUCUGGAAAGCUACAUGUUUGAAUACGAUGAUACGAUCUGCAAAGAAACAGACGAAGAACUUGUUUCUCUCUUCUCUCAUGAGAUGAUCCACAGCUUCUCAUUGAUGGACCCCGAGGAUGAUGGAUAUGAUAAUGGGUGGUACAUUGAAGGCCUCGCAGAAUUUUAUUCCAUAUUCUUGCCCUACCGCUUCGGCCUUCGCGGUUUUGACUACCUCGUGGGCAGACUGAAUGCGAUAUUACAAGCUUAUGGUAGCAGCCCGCGAAUCCAUAUGGACAUAGUGGAUUCCCAGCGCAGUUUCUAUGAUGACUGGUACGCAGAGCUGAUACCUUAUAUGCGCGGUUGCGUGUACCUUCUACAGGUCGAUAGUAGCCUGAGAAAAUCCAGCGGUAUAUUUGGUUUCGACCAGAUGAGUCCCUUAGACGACAUUGUUGUCGAUAUGGGUCAACGGUGGCAAAGAGGAGAAAGGCUCCAGGCAUCUGACUGGCUGACUUACUUGUGGCCGUACCUGGGAGACAUGUCCCAAGAAUUCCGAGCCAUGCUUCGAGGCACAGCAAUAGAGUUGAAAGAUGUCCUAGUGGCUCACGAAGACUGGAUUUUGGCCACCUCAAUGCAGGAAAUUCUGGAGUUUGGGCUCGACAAGUCGAGUACCAAUAAACGCAUCGUAUCUGGUCUCAUGCAAGGAUCAAGAGCCGCUAUUGCGGGGGUCAAAAAUGGAGAUAAAAUCCUGUCGACGUCACGGGCAAGUUUUUGUGCGAUGUCAUUGAGUGCGACUUUUGAAGUUUCUAUCGAAAGAGCCUGUCAAAAAGUGCAAAUCUCAUAUUGGCCGCGCUCAUUCUCGAAGGCUCGGGUUUUUCACUUGACAUGCAGACCGAGUGAGGAGCUUCGCAAAUGA